AGUUUUGUAAUUAAGAAAUAUAUAGGAAAACUUAAACAAGCUUAAAUAUUCAAAUCACAACCAGGAAAAGAAAAGUCAAACUGGUUGGUCUUGGUCUUCAAUCGUAAUCCUCCAUUUUUCCACACAAAUGUUGCUAUAAAUUGACUUGGUCUCCAAUCUUGCUGAUCUGAUAUUAUCAAUGGAGGAAGUGAAGCUACUUGGAUUUUGGCCAAGCCCAUAUAGUCACAGAGUUAUUUGGGCUCUGAAACUCAAAGGCAUAAGCUAUGAAUACAUGGAAGAAGAUCUAAAGAACAAAAGUGAACUGCUUUUGCAGUAUAACCCAGUUUACAAGAAAAUCCCAGUUCUUGUUCAUGGUGGAAAACCCAUUGCCGAGUCCCUUGUCAUCCUUGAAUACAUUGAAGAAACUUGGCCAAAAAUUCCUCUGCUCCCAAAAGAUCCUUAUCAAAGAGCUUCAGCUCGGUUUUGGGUUCAAUAUGGAGUAGAAAAGGGUCCCAUACUCAGUUCACUUUUUACUAGUUCUGAAGGAGAAGAACGAGAUAAAGCAGCAAAAGAAGUAUUAGAGGUUUUAAAAAUCUUGGAAAUUCAAGGCCUUGGGAAUAAGAAGUUCUUUGGAGGUGAGACUAUAAGUAUGGUAGACAUAGCAUAUGGAUGGCUGGCUCAUUGGUUUGAGUGCAUAGAAGAAGUUGUGGGUGUUAAAUUGCUUGAACCAAGCACUUUGCCUGGCUUGCAUGCCUGGGUUCAGAACCUUAAGCAAGUUCCUGUUAUCAAAGAAAACCUUCCUGAUUACGAAAGAUUGAUCAUCCAUAUGAAAAAUAUUAGGGUCAGGAUGCUUUCCAACCACGAUAGUCAUGUGUAAUAGCUUCUUUUUGCUUGCUGUUUUAUGAUUGGAGUUCUUGAUUUUGUCUCCUCAUGAAUAUUGAAAUUAUCUAUAAACUCUUAUCAAACAGUUUUUGUUGGAUGCUCAACCUUCCUAUAUAUAUAAUUCAUGAAUUAUAUUAUUAUCA